AUGGCGGCAGAACCUGUAUCUGUAAGCAGAGCUACAAAUAUCCACUCAAAGUUUCGGUCUUUUACAAGAAACAUCAAUGACAAGUCUCAAGCUAAGCUUCUUUUUUACUCAAGAAUAAGAGCUUCUAAAAAAUAUUCCAUUGAUGACAAAAACAACGUCUACAAACAACUGGGUUUGUUUUCAUUGAAAAAGAAGAUUGAAGAUACAGUUCUCCGUGCUGAGAUGUUAACACCAACAGCAUUGGAACUUGAGGAAGCAAGACGGAUCAAGCGGGAAGAAAUGAUACGUGAGUGCAAUUUAUGGGAAGACCCUAUUAAAUCCAAUGAAAUCCUCAUCAAAUUGGCUGGUAGUGCCAAAGUGGUUGAUGCUCUCAAAGACCUGAAAUACAAGGCUGAAGAGGCAAAGCUGAUCUCACAGUUGGUGGAGAUGGAAGCUAUCAAUUACCCGCUUUUUAAGCAGGCAUAUAUUGCAUCUUUAGAUGUGAGGAAGCUCUUAGAUCAGUAUGAGAUGUCAAGGCUGCUUAAGGGACCGUAUGACAAGCAGGGAGCUUGUUUAGUUAUUAGAGCUGGAUCUAAAGGAUUUAACCCUGAGAUAUGGACAGAAGAACUUCUGAAUAUGUAUGUCAAAUGGGCUGCCAAGCUGGGUUAUAAAGGCAGGCUGGUUGAGCAGCAUGCUUCCAUGCAAGGUGGUGUCAAGUUGGCAACUAUUGAAUUCGAAUUCGAGUGCGCUUAUGGCUAUCUUUCUGGAGAGAGAGGCAUUCACCAUAAGAUAAAUUCUCAAAAUGGAUCUGUUCACCAUGAGGUUACCACGGCAUGUGUGGAUGUUGUUCCACUAUUUCUUGGAACAGGUGUUGACAUUCAAAUAGAUGAGGAAUUGAUUGUCUCGUGUUCCCCGUCAUUGCUAAAAGACGAGAAGAGCCAUACUGAACUGACAGUUUGCCUGCAGCAUAUUCCUACAGGCAUAAGCGUUCAGUCUUCAGGUGAGAGGAGCCACUUUGCAAAUAAGGUGAAGGCUCUCAAUAGAUUGAAAGCCAAGCUUCUUGUGAUUGCAGAGGAGCAAAAGGUUUGUGAUGUGAAUAGCAUCAGGAGAGAUGACAUUGUGGAUAUGUGGCAAAAAGAGACCAGGAGGUACGUGUCUCACCCUUACAAGGUAGUAAAAGAUGUAGAAACUGGCAUUGAACUGCCUGACCUAAACUCUAUUUUGGAUGGGAAUAUUAAUCCUCUUAUUGGAGCUCAUAUUAAUAUUAGACGUACAGACUGA